UUACAAGCCAGGAAGCAGAAGACAAUGGUAGUGAACGAUAUAGUUGUUAUGAAGGAUUAUAAAAAAUUGUUGAAAUCGAAAACGAAUGUAUUGAUCCUGUUUGUGAACCAGCCGAAGGCUGCGCAGACGGUGUCCGAUGUAGUGCGGGAGGUAGCCGAAGCCAUGAAGGGCCAAGCCACUCUUGCCAUAAUAGACUGCAGCAACAGUGAAGCCAGAAAGCUAUGCAAAAAGCUGAAAAUUGAUCCUCAGAAAUCAUAUUUGAUUAAGCACUAUAAGGAUGGAGAGUUCCAUAAAGAUUAUGAUAGAAGCAGUACUGUCAACUCUAUGACAAACUUUUUAAGAGACCCCAUGGGAGACCUGCCAUGGGAGGAAGACCUUAAUGCUGUGGAUGUCUAUCACUUGCAGGAUGGAGAAGCGUUGAUUAAAUUCUUGAAGAAAUGUGCAACUGCGCAAAAGAGAGCCAUAAUAAUGUUCUACGCGCCUUGGUGCGGCUAUUGCAAAUCUUUGAAGCCAGAAUAUGUUGCAGCCGCGGCAGAACUCAAGGGCGAAGCAUUUCUUGCUGCAAUAGACGUAGCAAAGCCAGGCAACUCCAAAAUUAGGCAAACGUACAAUAUAACUGGAUUUCCAACAUUGUUAUACUAUGAAAAAGGGCAAUUCAAGUUCCCUUACAAUGGAGACAAUAGGAAACAAGCCAUUGUGGAUUUCAUGCGAAACCCGAACGCUCACGUGCAUCAGAAGAAAGAACCUGUUGACGAAGGUUGGUCUGAUGACACGGAUGUCGUACACCUCACAGGGGAAAACUUCGACAAUAUACUAUCACAAGCUGAGAACGCGCUUGUAGUAUUCUAUGCCCCUUGGUGUGGACAUUGUAAAAAGAUAAAACCAGAGUUUGAGAACGCUGCUGCCAGGAUAAAAUCUGAAAAGGUGAACGGCAUCCUCGCGGCUGUAGACGCAACUAAGCAGCAGGAUUUGGUUGCACGGUUUGCAGUGCGCGGUUAUCCUACUCUCAAAUACUUUCACAAAGGACAAUAUCAGUACGAUGCCGGUCACGCCAGACACGAGGAUCAAAUUGUCAAUUUCAUUAAGAACCCGCAAGAACCGCCUCCACCGCCGCCACCGGAGAAGCCUUGGUCUGAGGAGGAGUCGGCCGUGCGCCACCUCGACACCUCGAACUUCCGAAACGCACUGCGCAAAGUUAAACACGCUAUCAUUAUGUUCUACGCACCUUGGUGCGGACACUGCAAAAGCACUAAACCCGAAUUCGUAAAAGCGGCGGAGAGGUUCGCGGAUGAGUUGAUAGUGGCGUUCGGUGCGGUGGACUGCACCGCCGAACAAGAGCUGUGCACGGCACAUGAUGUCAGUGGCUAUCCCACCAUCAAGUAUUUCAGCUAUUUUGACAAGCAGGUCAAGGACUACACCGGCGGUAGAAAGGAAGCGGAUUUUGUGUCGUUUAUCCACAGCCAAAUGGAUCACCUUACACAGGCGAAAGCCAGCACGCCGUCUGAGGCAGGCUUCGGCAUCAAUGUGCAGCUGGCUAGUGAUGACGACUUCGAGGAAAUCAUCAAGAAUAAGUCGCCCACCUUCGUUAUGUUCUACGCGUCUUUUUGCGGCCAUUGUUCAACCGUUAAGCCCGCUUUCAGUAAAUUAGCGACGACUCUUAAAACUGACAAGAAUUACACUGCCAGAGCGAUUGCAGUAGACGCAGCGGAAAACCCUAAAGUGGCCGAUAUGGCUUCAGUCGAACUCUUGCCUACUUUCAAGAUAUACGCUGCUGGAAAGCAAUUGGCACUGUAUGAAGGCGAUCGUUCAUAUGACGACAUGCUUGCGUUCUGUAAGAGCCACGAGAAGAAGAUCAAGAAUAAAUUGCAGUUUGAUUAGUUUACAGCACGACAUUUACACGGAGAGAUUUGAAUAUUAGACAACGUGUAAUGUAACCGAAAUUUAAUGAUUACCUAGUAUUCCAGUUAUACAUGGACUUAAGUAAAUUAUGCAUCAAUA